UAUAGAAUAAGUGAACUGUCAUCUGGUUUACUUUAUUCACUUUGCUAAUGUAUUAAAUUGAGCAUGGUAACAUAUUUCAACUUAAUCGGUUCAACUCAAGAGACUGCUGUAAACCAUCAGAAAAUAAUCAUUCAAGAUGACUUCAUACUACAGUCAUCUUAUAAAAGCCUCCAAGCCGAACCUGCUAUUCCUAACAAAGUAGAGGAUAUUGAUUAUCUGGUCAAUUUAAACGGUAAUUUAAGAUAUACUUCAAAAUAUCACCUUAUGGGAGAAGAUCCACCGCAACUGGUUGUAAGACGGGGAAAGACAUUUGGGGUCAAUGUUAAGUUUACGCGGCCUUUCAACAAGGAAAAAGACCACUUGACCAUAAGUGCCGUUUGGACUGAUAUUGCAAAUGAAUCAAAAAUAUAUAAGUACAGUAUGGAUUGUAACUGUGCGCACACAUUUAACAUAGCCAAGAAGCUCUGGUCUUGGAGUGCUAUAUUGUUCAAAAUAAGAAAAGAUGGCUUGUGGGCUUCAAUUGUGUUGUCUCCCCCAAAUAAUUGCCUUAUCGGGAAGUUUUACUUAAUAAUUAACACAAUCUGGGAAGGUGAAAUAAACACAUUUAAGGCCCCGAUGCCUAUUUAUAUGUUGUUCAAUCCUUGGCACUCGAGUGAUACUGCUUAUUUGCCAAAUUCUAUAGACAGAGCAGAUACGGUGUUGAAUGAUGUUGGAAUAAUUUACCGAGGGAUAUCAACCUCUAUAGAAAGCACUACUUGGAAAUAUGGUCAGUUUGACAAAGAUGUACUUUUGGCAGUUUUAACUAUGAUCUCGAAAUUUGGAGAGCUGGAAAUCAAUAAUUGGUCAAAUUGUUUGUCAAUAAUUGAUGCUGUGGCUAAAGCUAUUUCUAGUAUUAUUGAAAAUGACGAUAAUACCAAUGUCAGCUUUGCACCAUACGGAAGUGCCUACAUUCUUAAUCAGUGGUAUGAAACAGACUUACCUGUCAAAUAUGGGUGCUGUUACGUCAACAGCGGAAUUAUGACAACAGCUUACAGGGCUUUAGGAAUAUGUGCAAGGGCAGUAACUGGCUAUGACUUUGGAAUAAAUGCUGACCAAAGUUAUACAAUAGACUUUUUUUACUUAGAUGACUUUAAUGAGCGAUUGAAAUAUAAUAAUUAUAAACCAGAGGCAUCCUACUGUUAUCAUACUUGGUGCGAAGUAUUCAUGAAAAGAACUGACAUCGAUGAAAAAUAUUCAGGUUGGCAGGCGGUUGAAUCAGAUGCUGGUCCUUGUCCCGUACGAGCAGUGAAAACUGCAAACUUGGAUGUUCCGUGGGACGCAGAUUAUUUCUAUUCUGGGUUAAAUUCAGAUGUUCGCAUUUGGAAGGUCAGGAAAGGGAAGCCUUUAAGGCUCAUGGGUCGUGAAACAGAAAGAAUUGGGACCUAUGUUACAACAAAAGGCUUCAAACUAAAUAAAAUAAUAGAUCUGACACCCUUCUAUCAUGAUAAAAAACAAAUGACAAAAGAGCGAGUUUUGUUAGCAACUACCUUAAGGAAUGCUGAUGAAGUCUAUAACAACUUUGAAAAAAAUCCCCUUCUUAAAGACAUCUAUAUUAAAUUGAGACCGACCAAAAAUGUCAAAUUUGGUGAUUCAGUCAUCGUCUCUGUGCAUAUUAAAAAUUUUAGCCACUCCUCAUUAGAGGCUGAGUUUUGUCUCCAAGCCGUUUCAUUUCUUAACAGUGGCCAUCCGAAAGAACUUAUCAAAAGUAUCAAUAUAUCCAUAGUUGUGAAGAGAGGGGCGACUCAAGAGUUGAAACUCGUUGUGGGUCCUGAGGAGUAUUUUAAGUAUUUAGUUGAUGACUGGCUUCUCAAAGUUUAUGCCAGUGCAAGCUUGCCUAAGUACAAUCAUGAGUUUUUAGACUAUCAUGUAGUUCGAGUCUUCCCACCAAAUUUAACAUUUCAGGUGUUAUAUUUUUGUUGAAGUUUGGAAUAGAUAAGUUUGAAUUUUGUAAUGGGCAGAUAAAUUAGUAAAAUAUAACUGUAACACUAGUCCAUCAAACACACUCCAAGUUAUUUUUGCUGUAAGUAUGAAAUUAAUUGAGUUCACAGGUCACUCCAAUCAAACCAAGAGUUAAUUCUGAAGCUACAAUAACUGCUAUUUUUGUCAACCCUUUAAAUAGAUCUCUAGACGGUUGCUUUAAUC